AGUGGGGGGAACCCUUAGGGGGGAAACUGUCACUGCCUAGUUUCGUCUGCUAUGGGCUAUGGUUAGAGUAGGUUGUGGUUUAAUGACGUCCAUUAUGUGUGACUUAAUGUAAAAUUGGUUGUUUAGAACUCCCUUGACUAAGCAAGAACUGCGAAGGAUGAUUCUCCCUUGUCCUCUGGAGCACCGCAAACGUCAAUGCCCUCUUUAAUGAAAGGUUUUUGCCAUAUACCUACGUGCAAUAGAGAUGUUUUCUUGAAGAAGGCUGUCUGUAGCUGGCAACGAACAGGCCACUACUCUUUGUUUUUUGUUUUGGAUGACACAUAAAAACUCAAGAAUUUCACGAUGCCCCGGGUAAAAAUUUCUAGGCCUCGUUGCCAUAAAAUUAUUUCACUUACUUCAAAUCAAUCAACUAGUGCAGUUGAUACCAAUGCCAAUAACACAACUUUGCCAAACAAUGAUUCUUCUGGGGUGUAUUAUUCUCACCAAUUUCCUCCAAAUAUACUUUUAAAUAUGAAUGAUCUGCGAGACACUAGAAGAUUCUGUGAUGUUGAAAUAUUAUGUGGUGGAAAGCGUAUUCAGGCCCACCGAGUAGUGUUGGCUGCUAGCAGCCCAUAUUUUCUUGCAAUGUUCACAGUCGAGUUACUUGAAAAACAGCAGCAGUCUGUUGAAAUACAUGCCAUUGAUCCUGAAAUACUGGAAGCAUUGAUCCACUUCAUAUAUUCAGGGAAAUUAAGAAUUGGGCAAGACAAUGUUCAAGAGUUAAUGAUUGCUGCUGAUAUGUUACAACUGAAGGAAGUUGUUACUGGAUGCACAGACUUCCUGAAAAAAGAACUUCACAGUUCAAACUGUAUAGGAAUCUACAGAUUUGCUGACGGACAUAAUUGUCUGGAACUAGCAACUUCAGCAGUCGACUUCAUUAACAGUCAUUUUCCUGAAGUGAGCAUUGAAGAUGAAUUUUAUGAAUUACCUAAAGAUCACCUAGCUCGCUUCCUUGCCUCAGAAGACUUGGUGGUUGAUACUGAAUUUCAGGUUUUCCAAGCUGCCAUUCGAUGGAUUUUACAUGAUGUGACACAGAGAAGACAGUAUGUAUUUGAAAUACUGACUCAUGUCAGACUACCACUCUUAUCAACCUACCUGCUUGAAAGAGUUAUUAAUGAGUUAACUGAUAGCAGCUUAAAGGUUGCUCUGCGAUCUGUUCGUAAAGAUUUGUUAUCUAAGAGAGGCCAUCUUGUUUCUCUUGUUGUGCAUCCCCGACUGAGAGCAAAGAAAGAUGUUUUUGUUAUUGGUGGUUCAAAAAGAGAACUUGUGAGUGCAUGGACUAGAUCAUCUGAAUGCACAUUUUCUUCUGUGGAAAGAUUUAAUACAUUUACUCAAGAGUGGGUUCAAUCUACUCCCAUGGCAAUUGGACGAAUAUUGCCAGGUGUUGCUGUGCUGAAUUCAAAAAUCUUUGUUGUUGGGGGAGAGCAAGAAUCUCAGAUAUUAGCUAAUGGUGAAUGGUAUGAUACACAAGCAGACACGUGGAAUAAGAUGGCUUGCAUGGUGGUCCCAAGAUGUGAGUUUGGUCUGUGUGCUCUUAAUGGCUACCUGUAUGCCGUUGGUGGCUGGGUUGGAGAAGAUAUUGGUGGAUCAAUUGAACGAUACGAUCCACAUACUGAUGAGUGGCAUUUAACAGGAGAGCUCCCUGAACCACGUUUCAGCAUGGGUGUUGUAUCAUACGAAGGUUUGAUUUACAUGGUUGGGGGUUGUACUCAUGCGCGCCGUCACCUCCAAGACUUGGUAAGUUUUGACCCUGUCAGUGGAGAGUGGCGCACUUUAAAACCAAUGCUUGUGCCUCGAAGUCAAAUGGGUGUGGCUGUCUUGGAUGGCUACCUUUAUGUGGUGGGUGGCAACAAUAGACAUCACGAAGCCUUACAGUCUGUUGAGCGGUAUUCAUUUGCUGAGAAUGAAUGGACUAAAGUUCCUCAUAUGCACGUUGGAAGAGCAAGUCCUGCAGUUGCUGCAGCUGAUGGUGUUUUAUAUGUGAUUGGGGGUGAUGAAACACAUGAAGUUAACUUCUAUAGAGCCCAAAUAACUAUUUCAAGUGUUGAAUGUUACGAUCCUCAGAUUAAUAAGUGGCGAGAGUGUCCAUCACUUCCAGAGAGUCGCAGUGAAGCUGGUGCAGUGGUUGUUUGAAUUUGUCUCUAAACUUAAGGCUGUUUCUUGGACGUCUCUCAGAGUUCCUUUAUAUUUUCCAUCUAUCACUCAUACAUUUCAUGAUCCUACAGAUGUCUGGUGCCUGUCACAAAAGCACAGAUGCCGUUUGAACUGAUUCUUUUCAGUAUUGUUUUUUGUUCUUAUGUAAAAUAUCUAUAAAUUCACAGUAGCAUGAGACUAAGUGAUUUUUGUGGGCCCCUUUGUUUUAUUUUAGCUUUGGAAGUAACAAUGUGAUGAUAUUGAAAUAGAUCUGUCCAGAUCUAUGUUUUUUCUUAUACAAUUCCCACUUAACAAACUGUAUUCCCUGGACUGAAUAUCUUCAAAAUUAGAAGAAGAUUUACAAUCUUCUGAGCACAAAGCAAUAGCAGAUGAUUGCUUCUCAUUAUUUGAGACUGAAUCACGUCUACAUGUCUCCUUAAUAACCAAAUAAUUGACUGAUAAACUAAUAUUCUCAAUAUUUUGCUUCCACUAUAUGUGGAUAUUCUUUUCAAAUCAAGCAAAGGUGCGCUCUAUCUUUAUCUUGCAACCUAAGAACUGCUCAGUGUAGAAUGUACUUUGGAAAUUCACAACAAUUCUGCACAAGUGUUAUUUUUAAAUUUUGCUCACAUCCCAUUUAUUAUAUUGUCACCUCAUUCCCAUUGUUUUGUUUUUUUAAUAUUCUGUUUUAAUUUUUAUCUAAAAGAAUUACAUUUUUAUUUGAUUUGUGGAAAGCCCUAAGGAAGAAGUAGAGUAGCACUUAUCAGAACUUUUUACUUUUUUUUCUUCUACCAAUGGGAUAAGCAAAUGCUACAACUGGAAGCAAAGAUAAUUUUAGGUAGGAUACAUGAACCACAUCUAAGAAGCAUGUUUUUGAAUCAUCAAGUUUUUUCUCUGGCUUUGCAUUCCAAUCUACAGUCCAUAAACUUUUUGAUUUCUUGUAAUUACCUUUAUAACUCAUGUCCUAUUUACAUUUUAAAAAGUCUGCAUUAUAUCAGGAACAUAUGGACGAACUAAGGUUAUCAAGGUUUCUUUCUGUUUGUUUUUUCUAAGAAUAAUCUACUGUAGAAUUUUUUACUCUAUUAUAUGAAAAUUCAGUGGAAGUGUGUGCACUUCAUCUAGUCAGUUGAAAUUAUGUUCAGAUAUUUCUGUUUUCAGUAAAGACAGAAUGUUAUGAGAAUGAGGCUCGUAUUUUAUUCCACCAGCUGGGCUUCUGAUGUCAAAUGGUUUCCCUCUCAUUCAGAAUUGAAUGUAUGUGUAUUUCGAGGUGUAUGUAGUGAGUUUGUGUCCAUAUGUAAUUAUAAUGCUUCACUUGGUCAAAUUUUGUGCCCUAUUUUAGUAUUAAUGUGUAUGUUACUGUUACUGCAGGGAACAAACAAAUACAAAUAUGCACCAUCAUAUUUAUGCAAUUUUCCUCUAAGUUUUUCUGUCAUCGAUAUCUGGAAGAGUGGAAGUGCUGUUCAGUUCUCAUCUUCAGUCUGGAUUUAAUGAAAAUAGUUUUGAUGGGAUCUUAAUCCCAAGCUCUGAUAUAAUUUUUAGUGUUUAUUAGUGUUCUAUGAAAUGUAGCACAAUUAUCUACAUGAGUCAUUAUAUCUUAUUAUAAGUAUUUACUCAUAAUCCAAGCAUUAACUGGUGAUGUAAUUUAGAGUAAAACUGCACUUUGCUUGCUUUUUUCACAACUGAGUUUUGUUUAUUCUUUUAUAUAUCAGCUUACUCAUGUGAAUGCAUUUUCCAAGUGAUGGUUGGCUGUUGCAUGUGAUUGUUAUACUUGUUAAUGAUUGUUGCCUAAUUAAACUCCAUGUUUGUAAAAUUGGCACUAAAUUUUGGUCGACGGUGGGAUGACUUUUUAUGAGGAAAGUUUUAUCUUAUUAUCUAUUAUUUCUUAAUUUACUUCACUUACACUGUGUUUGUAGUGUCUUACUUUAAUGCGGUAUUUGAGGCAUUUUGCUGAAGGUAUUGUUUUAAGUACCCUUAAUCCUGAUUUUGUUGUACUUUUAUGAAUAGGACCUUUGUGUAAUUUUUUUGUGCUUACAUAGAUGUGUCAGCAUGUAUGGUGUGUCAGGGCCACCACACAACAUUGCGGGUUUGCAUACCCUAGGGGCCCUAGCGCCUUAUGGGUGCAGCGAGUAGGCAAACCCGUCUACUGCUGUUUCGUAGCCCUGACACGCAGUAUGUACAUGUAUGCCCACAUGACCUUGGCAACUAACAAAAUAUGAUUUAAACACUACUAGUGGCUUCAUCAUAUAGUCUAGGUGGUGCCUGGGAAACAAAAGCUUGGCAAGUUAAUGGAGUGUUAAUGGUUCUAAAAUCCAAUCAGGGCAAUAGACCUGCACACAAAAUCAAAAUGUCUCUGCUAUCCUCUCAUAUAUUUAGCAGUUUGUUUUAUCUAUUUACAGGUCUGUGCUCUGGUCUGGUUUACAUCCACAAUGUGCUGAACAAAGUCAUUUGCGUGUCACCUCUUAUGUACAUAUUCAUUUGAACACCAUCCAAUGAUCUAAAUUAAAGUCUGUUUAUUAUGUUUUGGGUUUCAAAUUAUGCUCAAAAUGUGGAUUAGAAGAUAACUCCUGCAAAAUUACUACUUCUUGUUUGUUUUCAAUAUUCUGUGAUACAAAAUAUUCUCUCCCAAUACAUCACUACUUAUUUAAAAAUUUGUGUCUCUUUGUUUUGAUUUUUCUACAACUCUGCACAAAUCUCUGGCUUUAUCAACUUUUUCCCUAUUUACAUUGCAAUGUAAAAUUUUUCUCUAUUUGAAACCAAAAGCCAACAAACUGUCUACAUUGGUCAUUAUUUUAAGACAAAGAAGAAACAGGCUCACCCUGAACGAAGGAAUGUUAUCAUUUAAUAAAUCAACUAGAUUGACUGAAAAUUAACUAACUGCAACUACACUAUAUAUUGAAAGGAUGGUAGUGAACGAUUCAACCUAUCAUUUGAAUGAAAUACACUUGUGAAUUUUCAAUAGAA